AUAACAAUCAGACUUUUUUUGCGACAAAAAACGUGCGAGCUCAGCCACAGUCAACAAAAACAUAAACAUUGAAUAGAAAUUCUACUAAAAACAAUGGAAGAUGAUGAUAUUUGUUUACCGGCCGAUACAAUGGCCAUUCUUCAGCAGUUUCUAGCGGAAAAGGCCCAAAGGGAACAAGAAGAAAUGCAGAAAGUCGAACAAAAAGCUGGAAAGGAUGCCGAGUUUGAAGAAGACUGGCAACUAAGCCAAUUUUGGUAUAGCGCCAAAACCAAACAGACAUUGGGAUCUGUGGUGUCACAAUUGGUGCAGGCCAGCAAUGAAAAUUCAAAAGGAUAUAAAGUAGCUCUGCUAUCAUGCCCAUCAUUGUAUGGUACCAUUAAAGAGAUACAUGAAAAUGUAAACAUAUUUGAAUACGACAAACGUUUUUCGGCCUAUGGGGAUGAUUUUGUAUUCUAUGAAUUUAAUGAAGCCGACACAACGGACUACCUGAAAUCCUUGUGGCAGAGUUAUGACCUCAUUAUAGCCGAUCCGCCUUUUCUUUCCGAAGAAUGUAUAACGAAAAUAUCGAAAAUUAUUAGAAAUCUUCUUAAACCAAAUGCCAAAAUCAUCUUUUGCUCGGGUGAAGUAGUCGAACAGUGGUUGCUGCCCUCACUGCCGGGUGUGAAAAAGUGCAAUUUUCAUCCAGAACAUGAACGUAAUUUAGGCAAUGAAUUUGUAUCCUAUGCCAAUUUUAAUUUGGACGAUUUUAUAAAAACGUAAUAAACAAAUUUUAUUUAUAAGA